GCCUCUGUUCCGCCCCCAAACCCAAGGAAAACCCAUCAUCAGCCGCUCUCUCUCUCUCGGCUCUCCACUUCGGCCUCCGCCUCGCUCCCACCCCAAAUUCCUCCACGGCUGGCGGCCUGAAGCCCUAGGCCACCGCCGGGAACGAAGAGCAAGCAUACAGACGCUGCGAUCGGAAGCAGCAGUAGCCGCCGCCAUGCAGGGCUUCCCCGGCGGCGUCCCCGAUCCGCAGCAGCUCCAGGCCACCAUGCUCGCCAUCGAGCAGGCCUGCUCCCUCAUCCAGGUGCACAUGAAUCCGGCUGAAGCGGAAAAAGUUCUAAGUUCACUCCAUUCAUCGCUGAUGCCUUAUCAAGCAUGCAGAUUUAUUCUUGAGACAUCCCUAAUGCCAAAUGCGAGAUUCCAAGCUGCUGGAGCAAUUGGUGAUGCUGCAAUAAGGGAGUGGGGAAUUUUAACAGAUGACAACAAAAGAAGCCUAAUACUAUAUUGUUUGAACUACGUUAUGGAGCAUGCAGGUUCCCCUGAUGGCUACGUGCAAUCAAAAGUUUCUGCUGUGGCAGCUAGGUUACUAAAAAGAGGCUGGCUUGAGUUUCCGGACCAAGAAAAAGGCGCUAUCUUCUUUGAGGUUGAACAGUCCAUCCGGGGCAUGCAUGGGCCUAAUCGACAGUUUGCUGGGAUCAACUUCUUAGAAACCUUGGUUUCAGAGUUUUCCCCUUCCACUGCUUCUUCUAUGGGCCUGCCUAAGGAGUUCCAUGACCAAUGCCAAUUGUCACUUGAAGUGAAGUUUCUGAAGGACUUCUAUUGCUGGGCACAAGCUGCUGUAUUCAAUACCGCAGACGAAAUCUUGAAUUCAAAUGUAACUAUACCCGAGGAGAAAGCAUGUUCGGCGGCAUUGCGCCUCAUGCUUCAAAUUUUAAGCUGGAGCUUCAAGCCAACUUUGGAACAUGAGAAUUUAGAUGCCAGAAUAAAAUCUGGUUUGAGGAGCGAUGCCAUAAAUCUGAGGAAAUUCGAACGUUCAUUGGUGAAGCCAGGGUCUUUGUGGACUGAUAUUCUUAUAUCAAGUGCGCAUACUACCUGGGUUUUGAACUUCUAUACUACCCUGCGUCAGAAGUACUCGUAUGAUACACUAUGGGGUGAUUCUCCUAUUGCUGUCUCUUGCAGACAGCUCAUAGUGCAAUUAUGCUCCUUGGCAGGCGCUGUUUUUCCUAAUGAUAAUGGAGAUGCACAAAUUGAACACUUUAUGCACAUACUAUCCGCUGUUAUCUUGUGGAUUGAACCUCCGAAUGUCAUUGCGGAAUCAAUUCGAAAUGGAGGAAGUGAAAGUGAGUUCAUAGAUGGUUGCCAUGUCCUGCUUUCAGUGGCAUCUUUGACUAGUAGCUCACUUUUUGACAACCUCCUGAAAUCGAUAAGACAAUAUGGCACAAUUAACCUGCUUUCCGCUUUGACAUCCGAAGCUGUCAAGUCUGUUCUGGAUAACCAGAAUGAAGAAGAAACAUGGGGUUCAGAUGCUCUAGAUAUAUUGUUAGAAACAUGGAAUGUUAUUCUGGGGGAAGCUUGUGCUGAUAAAAGUCCUAUGUCAGCUGAUGGAGCACUUGCAGCUUCAAAUUUGUUUAAGAUAAUUGUGGAGUCACAUUUGAAGGCUGCUGCUGAUUCUGCAUUUGAGGAUAGUGACGAUGCUGAAUACUUUCAUGUUUCUGUUUCAAAGCGUGAUGAGCAGUUGGCCUUGUAUGCUCUGAUUGCACGAGCAGCUGCUGACACCACCAUACCCUUUCUUGAGCAACUAUUUUCUGAGCGAUUUGCACGGCUAAGUCAGCAGAGAGAUGUCGAAAAUGAUCCCACUCGAACAUUGGAGGAGCUGUAUUGGCUGUUGCUGAUUACCAGUCAUGUCCUAACUGACUCAGGCGAAGGAGAAACACUGCUUAUUCCUGAAGCUUUGCAGGCGGGAUUCACCAAUGUAGUUGAAGUAGCUCAACAUCCUGUAGUUACGUUGUCAUGGUCUAUAAUAAAUUUUUCAAGGCAAUGUCUAGACCCAGGAAUUAGAGGGAGGUACUUCAGUCCCCGGCUCAUGGAGGCGGUGAUUUGGUUCCUGGCCAGAUGGGUUGCAACCUAUUUAGUACCACUUGAUGUGAGUAGAGAAAUUGACAGUGUGGGUAGACAUGGAUCCCAGCAUUCUAGAAAAUUGCUAAACAGUUUUGCGUGGGACAAUAACCAAGGGGAACUUGUUCUUGAUUUUGUUGUUCUCAUGUCAAUGGUGGCACUUACUACAUAUCAGGGCGAAAUUGAGCUGCAGACACUUACAUGCCAAAAACUACUUGCUUCAGUUGUUCGACGGAAACACACAUGUGCUUAUGUUGUUCAGUUGGACUCAUGGCGUGACCUUACAAGGGCUUUUGCAAGUGGGCGUUCUUUAUUUUCAUUGAGUGGACGUUUACAGAGAUCUCUAGCAGAAACACUUGCAUGUGCAGCUUCCUGCAUCAAAGAUCCCGAAGCAUCUGUGCAGUAUUUGAGAGACCUCAUGGGACCAGUCACAGGAUGCCUAGUAGAAAAUGCUAGUAGGAGUGAUCUUAAAUCUGUUGCACAUCAACCAGAUGUUAUCUACAUGGUCUGUUGCCUAUUGGAACGGCUAAGAGGAGCUGCUAGAGCUACUCAGCCUCGCACUCAAAAGGUUCUGUUUGAGAUGGGUCAUACUGUGAUGAACUCACUCUUGACUCUUCUGGAGGUGUACAAAAAUCAGUCUGAAGUCAUAUACAUGAUACUCAAGUUUGUGGUUGACUUCAUUGAUGGUCAAGCUGUAUUCCUGGAUGGUAAGGAGACAUCAGUUUUGAUGAGCUUUUGCUUACGUCUGCUCCAGAUAUACUCCUCUCAUAAUAUUGGAAAGGUAAUGCUCUCGCUUUCUUCAACUCUGCGAAGUGAAUCACAAUCCGAAAAGUACAAGGAUCUGCGUGCUUUGCUUCGGCUUUUAACAAAUAUCUGCUCAAAGGAUUUGGUGGGUUUCUUAUCCGAUAGCAACAUUGAAGGCUCCCCAGAUAUUGCAGAGGUCAUCUAUGUUGGUCUUGAUAUUGUGACUCCCUUGAUAUCUUUGGAUCUUCUCAAGUACCCUAAACUAAGUCGUGAUUAUUUUGUACUUAUGUCGCACUUGUUGGAAGUGUACCCUGAGAAGGUUGCUCACUUAAACAGGGAUGCUUUUGGAAGAAUUACUGGUAGUCUUGAAUUUGGCCUGCGUAGUCAGGAUGGCGAUGUUGUUGAGAGGUGCCUCACAGCAGUAAAUGCCCUUGCCUCGUACCAUUUCAAAGAAAGACUUGGAGGCAGAGGAGGGCUUGGCUCGCAGGUUAUGGAAUCUGACGGAUCGAAUGGCAAACUUCAGGAAAGCAUAUCAAGUCACUUCUUGAGGCUUCUCCUGCAACUACUUCUGUUUGAAGAUUUUAGAAUGGAACUAGCAGGUUCUGCUGCAGAUGCUUUGCUUCCUUUACUUUUUUGUGAACAGGAGUUAUAUCAGAGGCUGGUCCAUGAGUUGCUUGAGAAAGAGCAGAAUCCGACUGUAAAAUCAAGGCUGGCACUUGCUUUCCAUAACCUGACAAGUUCAAACAAUCUCUCAAGCACCCUUGACCGGCCAAACAGGCAGAAAUUCCGGAAAAAUCUCCGUGUUUUCUUAGGCGAGGUCUCGGGCUUCAUGCAGAUAAAGUAGAUGGGGAGUGACAUGAAAGCAUUGAUGUCUGGUCGAUCCCCAGAAGAUUUUUCGCCGUCGUGGCCGAGUCCAUGUGCGGCGGAGCCAUGAGCAGGAAUUCUUGGUGUUAAGAGGUUGAAAACGCAUUCGCCGUUGUGUGUUGAAGGGAUAGUUGAAAAUUGAAACAGAAAUGACAGGAACAUGUCGACGUGUUCCAGGAUCUGUGUCUGGCUGCAUUUGGCGGUGGAGAAUUGGACGCCCUGACAUGAGAUCGUUGUGUAAAUUUAGUUGGGUCUCGAUGUAAUCAUACAGAAAAGGCGGAUAUUUUUUUUAAACGGAGAAGGUGGUCAUUUUGUUGCGACUGCUCAGAUGGAACAGUUUUUUUUUCUCCCACAUGUAUGGGAGAUACAGCUUAGAAGAAGCGAUUCGGCACCGUGUGGUGCAUGAUUUGUGUU